GUACCGGUAGCAUUCCCAAUCGCGCGGAGUGUGCGACUCGCGUGGUGGAGGCAAUUUUGUGGUCAUACGUCAGCCAAUCAAAGAGGAAGAAAAGAAGUGACACGUUUUGUCACAUCAAGCAAGAAGUCUGAGUUUGAAGCCUUUGAUUGAAUCUGUUGCAUUUGCGUUCUGUUGCCCAUCCCAUUGGUCCUCCCAAAGGGAAAAGUUGGCGGUAUCUAGCUAGACUACCGGUAGCUAGCUACAUCGUUCUGGCUAGCUAUCUCUGGGUUUUGAGAGGCGUACCGGCACCAUUAAGUUUCCUUGGUCUCGAGAGAUAUUGGGUACCGUGCCUGGCAUCGUCACCUUCCCUCGAGGUCCUGCUUUUUCUUCCAAGGCGACAUUCAUCACUAGAAGGAAGUGUUGCCAUUUUCUGUUCGGUUGUUGUUUGUUUUCUACUGAGUAUCCACUAGAUAGAUAUUGACAUUGCAACAUGCCCGAUAUCACUGUGCUGAAGGAAAUGCUGGCAGCGGGGCCCGGCUGUGCGAUCGCCAAUGGAUUCUUGAAUGGUUUUGAAACAACCAAGGUCAAGCUGCAACUUCACAGCCAACAACACGCCAAUGGUGCUGGCAACAUCAGCCAAAGCCAUCAUCACCAUGUGGCUCAUAAUAAACCGACAAUGAUGCCCAUGACGGCUGGACACACUGCUACUAACGUCACAUCCACUCGCAUGCUGCACACUCCUCGUCCUGCAGCGUCGGUUGUCUACCCCAAUGCUACCAUGGUGGGAGUGAUGACCCAGAUUGCUCGAGAAGAAGGCAUCGUUAGGGGCCUAUUGACACCCGGUCUGUCGGCUUCCUUGACUCGAUCUAUGCUGUAUGGCGCCUAUCGAGUUGGGUUGUAUCCCACUAUUCGAGACAAGGUCGGGCAGUGGAGUAAUAAUGAAAGCAGCAAGAACUCUGCUACCCUGAUUCGCAAUCGCAUCCUGAGUGGUAUGAUCACGGGUGGUCUGGGCAGCAUGUUGUCAUGCCCCCUUGACGUGGUGAGGACGAGGCUGCAAGCGGACGCCGGUGUCAUCAUGGCCAAAUCGAUAUCAUGUAAAAACCCUUCCAUUCCUCCUCUUUACUAUGCCACUGGGUUGAGACAAGGACAACCAGUACGGUAUUCUGGAAUGGUCUCCGCACUGAUGACAAUUUGGCGAGACGAAGGGCUGUCCCAGGGUCUCUAUCGAGGUGCUAGCGUGACCAUUGCAAGAGCCUGCGUCUUGAAUGGAGCUCAGUUGGCCAGUUAUGAUACAAUGAAACAAUACGCUCUGGCACGGGGGAGACAACAACAAACGCAUGCCAACGGUAGUCAAUGGGCUCAAGAAGGACCACUCUUGCAUGUUACUUGUGCAUUCUUGAGUGGUGUCUUGGCACAAACUGUCAUAAUGCCCAUUGACACUGUCAAGAGCCAUAUGAUGCUGGGCAAAGGAUGGAAUGAUGUCAUGAAUAAUGUAGGCCGGUUGUUGUCGCCGGAUGGAAGAACCGUGCAUCCCCUGCAACUUUGCAAGUGGAUGUAUCGUGGCUGGUUGCCAGCAUGUACCGGGCAGGGGCUUAUCAUGGUGCUGCAAAUGCCCCUCAUUGAAGCAUUUCGACGAAAGCUGGGUGUUGCCGCGAUCUGAGGAGUUGGAUCAAGCAUCUCACGACAAUACGAAAGGUAACGCCUACCUUUGGACAACAAGACAGCGUCGGUGGCAAUGCAUGAGAACUCAGAACAGUCAUCCCCGAAGCAACAACGCCCAAGCCCGUCGACUGACCAGCUAUACCGGUAUGCAUAGUCCAUUGGUGUCGAUAAGCUCCACCCAAACCUCAGCGAAUCAAACCAUAGUCAAUUGAUAUUGGUGACUAUCAGUUGAUAUUAGUGACAAUGGGCUUUAGGAAUAAGAGUUAGUCCAUCUGUCCGAGAUGAAUACCACACAUUCGUCCGAUA